AGACAGACAAUGCCUGACAGAAUCUUCUGGACUCAUGAUGGUGGCCAGGCUGCUGUGGCCCUGAGUGUGAGACAGAGCAAGAGGUCUCACUGUUUGAGAUGAUCCUUCCUAAGGCGGGGUGAGGGAGAAAAGGUCAAUGGGCCCCGUCUCAGGAAAGCUGGGGAUGUGAGCGUUUUCAGAUGAGGAAGGUAGAAGAGAAUCUAGGAGAGGGGACACAUGGAGCGGAGCCCCUGACUUGCUGAGGACUGGGUCAGGAAACAGGAAGAUGUGGGGCUAACGGCCGAGGCUCGGGCGGGGCGAGCAAGCAAGAUGCCAGAUGCGGUAGGGUCCUCUUAUCUGCGCAUCAGACAUUACUGAGUGUCUACUGAGUACCAAGCAUUGUAGGGAGCUGGAGACUGAGUGCUGACUACACUCCUGGACCCUGAUUCCUGAAGAUGCCAUAGUGGGGAGAAGGCGGGGGAGUGAGACUGUGCCUGUCCCUCCCUCACCCAAGGACUCAACCCGCCUGAGCAACCCUGCCUGUGACACUGCCCGUGGGGCCCAGGAGAGGCCAGGACACUGUCAGGGCGAUGGAGAAACCACUUCUUCACCUUGCACAGGCGCCCAUCCUUCCCCACUGCCCAGCAAUCCCCUGAGGCAAGAGCCAGGGCUGAGGCAAGUCCAGCCAGCAUCCUGGGAGGCAGCCAGGGAUGGGGCCGCUCAGGAAGUCCCAGACCCAGGCUGGGCAUAAAGGAGGGUCCCGCAGGCUGGGAGGAGGCUCACCUGGGCACCAUGGAGACCCAGAGGGCCAGCCUGUGCCUGGGGCGCUGGUCACUGUGGCUUCUGCUGCUGGGACUCGUGGUGCCCUCGGCCAGCGCCCAGGCCCUCAGCUACAGGGAGGCCGUGCUUCGUGCUGUGGAUCGCCUCAACGAGCAGUCCUCGGAAGCUAAUCUCUACCGCCUCCUGGAGCUGGACCAGCCGCCCAAGGCCGACGAGGACCCGGGCACCCCAAAACCUGUGAGCUUCACGGUGAAGGAGACUGUGUGUCCCAGGCCGACCCGGCAGCCCCCGGAGCUGUGUGACUUCAAGGAGAACGGGCGGGUGAAACAGUGUGUGGGGACAGUCACCCUGGAUCAGAUCAAGGACCCGCUCGACAUCACCUGCAAUGAGGUUCAAGGUGUCAGGGGAGGUGGCCUGUGCUAUUGUAGGCGUAGGUUCUGCGUCUGUGUCGGACGAGGAUGACGGUUGCGACGGCAGGCUUUCCCUCCCCCAAUUUUCCCGGGGCCAGGUUUCCGUCCCCCAAUUUUUCCGCCUCCACCUUUCCGGCCCGCACCAUUCGGUCCACCAAGGUUCCCUGGUAGACGGUGAAGGAUUUGCAGGCAACUCACCCAGAAGGCCUUUCGGCACAUUAAAAUCCCAGCAAGGAGACCUAAGCAUCUGCUUUGCCCAGGCCCGCAUCUGUCAAAUAAAUUCUUGUGAAACCAACUUCCUCCAGGCUUCAA